GACACGCGCGCGCGCACUUACACACACACACACACACAAGUUCCCUCACGCAUAAACACGAGACGCGCCAGGACGCCAGCUCCGGUUAUUCGCUCCCCGGCACUGAACGGACUCAGCAGCACCGGCGAACGACAGUCGAGCGCGCUUCCUGCACCUGAUAGAGAGCGCGCGUGCGUCUAUGAAGAUGAUUUGAGAGUGAAGGUUUUAUUUUUUCUUUCUUUUUUUUUUCUUUUUGUGCCUCCGAACCUGUGAGGAGCGCGCGUGAAGAUUCACAAUGUUGACGAGGCUUUUCAGUGACCCUUCGCUGCUUCCAGAGGUCCAGAAAUACUCCUCCUGGGCGGAAGACAGCGAUGGAGAGGAUAACAAAAUAAAAGAUGAGGACGCGGACACGCAGGAGGACAUGGACGACUCGGAUCUGAGAGGAGGCAGCCGGACGCACUCCGAGCACGCUGGCGAAGACGACGAGGACGACGAUGUGGAAGAAGAGGACGACGGGGAGGACACAGAGGGCGAGAGACCCAAGAAGAGGGGCCCCAAGAAGCGCAAAAUGACCCAGGCCCGGAUCGAGCGCUCCAGGAUGCGGCGGAUAAAGGCCAACGCACGAGAGAGGACCCGUAUGCACGACCUGAACUCUGCGCUUGACAAUCUGCGUAAAGUGGUGCCCUGCUACUCCAAAACGCAAAAACUGUCCAAAAUUGAGACUCUGCGGCUGGCUAAGAAUUAUAUCUGGGCCCUGUCGGAGAUCCUGCGUUCCGGGAAGAGGCCCGACCUGGUGUCCUACGUCCAGACUCUGUGUAAGGGACUGUCCCAGCCCACCACCAACCUGGUGGCGGGAUGUCUGCAGCUCAACUCCCGCAACUUCCUCACCGAGCAGCAGUGCCAGGAGGGGGGGAGGUACGGCUCCGGCUCCUUCUCCAUGCAUUCCUACCCCUACCAGUGCACGCGCCUGUCCAGCCCCCACUGCCAGCCGGGCUCGAACUCACAUCCGCUGCGCACGCACGGAUACUGCUCUGCGUACGAGUCUAUGUAUGGAGGGAGCGGAUCUCCAGAAUACAACAGCCCAGAGUACGAGGGACCUCUCAGUCCGCCCCUGUGCAUAAACGGGAACUUCUCCUUGAAACACCAAGGACCCGCCUCCCCGGAAACAGAGAAGGGGUACCACUACUCUAUGCAUUACUCCGGCCUGCCAGGAUCCAGACCCGCAGGGGCCCACAACCUGGUGUUAGGCUCUGGGAACCGGAGCGGCAUUCACUCGGAAAACGUCCUGCCUUACCACGACAUGCACUUACACCACGACCGGGCCCCCGUGUACGAGGAACUGAACGCGUUUUUUCACAGCUAAAUCCCUUCGUGCGUCCACUUGCUGUCAACAAUCUACCAACGGCACACUUCUGGAACCCCUAACCCUUCCAGGAUUUGGGAAUUCCGGAGAGUCUAUCCCUCAUUGUUGUCGUCAGUGUUUUUAUUCAUUCGGUUUGAUUUUAUAUCCGUUCCUGCGGUCAGGGAACGAGUGAGGAUGAGCCACAUUUUGCGCAAUAAAAGCUUUCCAUCUUUUGAAUAAACCUCUUGAGGACCCAAUAAACAAAUCUAACCGGAACGAGGAGAAGGUCAUUAAAACUGUUAAUAUUUCCCAUGUGUGGCUUGUGCUUGUCUCGAUGGUUGUUUGCAUUUUGAGGACUGAACGUCAACGAGCAAAAACCUUGUUGGGGAUUUCUUUAUGAAGAACCUUGACAGGAAGAUGCAAUAUUCUAAAGUGAAAGAUCCAAAAACGAAUGCAAAAAGAAAAGCUGAACUCAGAAAAAACAGAAACGUGAAUAAAUGUGUUUGUCGCGUUGAUUCUUUGGAUCCAUUUACACCGUUAGAAGUUUGGCAUCUAUGCAAAACCCAACGAGACCCAGAGAGGGACUGACCAUCAGCACUGCUGCGCACACACACACACACACACACACACACACACACACACACACACACACACACACGCACGCACGCACACAGACACACACACACACAUGCACAGAGAUGGAGAGAGAGAGAGAGAGAGAGAGAGAGAGAGAGAGAGAGAGAGAGAGAGAGAGAGAGAGAGAGAGAGAGAGAGAGACUGACCAUCAGCCCUGCUGCUGCACAUACACACACGGGGGGGGGGGG